UUUUUUUUUUUUACUCUGUUUUGUUUGACCGUUUAAUUUAUGGAACCCACUACUCCGUCUUCAUCCGCAAAGCAAACAUAUGAACUACCGGAAUCUAGACGACCAGGAGAAUCAGCCGUCUAUUCCAGCACGCUGUGGCCCAUAAUGGAUGCACCGCCUACUCAGCUAAAGACCGUAUUUGACAUGUUUGCCCAAGGUCUUGAGAUCUCCAAAAACCGUCCUUGCCUGGGACAUCGACCAUUAAAAGCCAAUGGCCAGCGUGGAGAGUAUGUCUGGCAAACGUAUGAUGAAGUGGCCAAACGUAUCACCUAUUUUGGUUCAGGAUUGGUGCAACUGCUGCAACAGAUUUCUCCCGGUGGGCAAGCGUCCCAUCUCCCUGUAGGCGUUUGGGCCCAAAACCGACCUGAAUGGACGAUUACGGAUUUAGCAUGCUCUGCUUACGGACUGUACACGGUGGCGCUCUAUGAUACUCUGGGAUGCGAUACGGUGGAAUAUGUGAUCAAUCAUGCCGAACUGGCGGUCGUCGUUUGCUCCGCAGAACAUGUUAUUGACCUUUUGAAAAUCCGGCAUAAAUUGCCCAAUCUACAAGUGAUUAUUAGCAUGGAUGGCUUGGAAAAGUAUUACCCAGUGGACGAAUGGGCUCAAAAUGUCAAUAUCCAACUCUUCGAUUUCUCACGGAUAGAGAUGCAUGGCGAAGCUAACCCUAGCCCCUAUCAACUUCCCGAACCGGAAGACUUGGCUUUUAUCAUGUAUACCAGUGGUACAACAGCCGCACCCAAGGGUGCAAUGAUAACCCAUCGUAACUUUGUGACAGCGCUUACAGCUGCUUACAUCUGCGUCGAUCGUAACAAGCACGAUAUCGCAAUUUCGUAUCUUCCGUUGGCCCACAUCUACGGUCGCCUCAAUGAUAUGCUUUGUCUAUUUACGGGCUCCCAGCUGGGUUACUUCAGCGGCAAUGUCGAGACAUUAGCCGACGAUCUUCAGCAACUGAAACCGACGCUGUUCCCUACGGUGCCGCGUCUGCUCAAUCGAUUGUACAUCAAAAUUACUCAAGCCACAGUGAAUGCCCCAGGCUUGACCGGUGUGGUGGCCAGACGUGCAGUGGCUGCCAAGCUGCAGCGCCUUGCAGAUGGACAGGGGUGCGACCACCCUGUUUGGGACAGAUUAAUCUUUAACAAGGUCAAGCAAGCUUUGGGAGGUCGUGUGCGCUCGAUUACCACGGGUUCGGCUCCCGUGGCGCCGGAAGUAUUGCAGUUCUUACGCGUGGCGCUGUGCUGUGACAUUCGUGAAGGUUACGGUGCGACGGAGACCACAGCGACGACGACGGUUCAUAGAGCAAAGGAGAAUACAGCGGGUCAUGUGGGCACGCCUUUCCCUUGUAACACCAUCAAGCUUGUUGAUGUACCAGAAAUGAAUUAUCUGACUAGUGACGCUAAGCCCCGUGGCGAGGUGCUUGUUCGAGGACCCAACAUAUUCAAAGGGUACUACAAGGACCCAGAGCAGACCCGCGAAGCACUGGAUGAGGAAGGGUGGUAUCGUACGGGGGAUAUCGGCAUGAUCGAUGAACAAGGUCGGCUGGUCAUCAUUGAUCGAAAGAAGCAUAUUUUCAAGUUGGCUCAGGGAGAAUACAUUGCCCCGGAAAAAAUUGAAAACGUUUACACACGAGAUCCGCUCAUUAUGCAAAUCUUCAUUCACGGCGAUGGUCUGCAAGCUUCCUUGGUCGCCAUUGUUGUCCCUGAUCCUGAACAGUUGCAAAACAUGGCGCGAAAAUUGUUAUCCAAGAACGAACACCACCUUCCCUUUGACCAGUUAUGUCAACAUCCCGAUAUUAUCAAUGGUGUGCAAAGAAAGCUUGUUGCGUUAGGUCGAGCCGAUCAGUUGAAAGGAUUCGAAAUUCCGCGAGCGGUCUACCUAGAAUCAUCGCCUUUCUCUGUUGACAAUGGCCUUUUAACGCCCACAUUCAAAGUAAAACGGCCUGUGGCCCGAACAAGAUACCAAGACCAUAUCGCAGCCAUGUAUCGCGAUCUGGAAAAGACCCCACCUCCCGCUUUCUCGUCCAAGCUUUAAGACGCAUCACGUAAAAAAGAGAAAACGAAAAUAAUAAAUUAC